AUGCCGUACGAACUAGCCCCUACUGAAGAGCAGUUUAUCAUUUCUACGCCUACACCAGGCUCCUUGAGGUAUGUGGCAUGCAUAAUGCGUACACCUCGGGCCUUAGUAGAAGAUCCAUACGCAAACAACCUCGCUCCUGCAACACAUAGAUGUGCUAUAUUGAUGCACGGUAACAAUAGUCACAAGAAUUUCUGCUUCGCCGUUAAAUUGGCUCAGGACCUCUCCGAUAAGCUGGGAAUGUAUUCGAUAAGAUUCGAUUUUCGAAAUUGUGGAGACUCCAGUCCGAAUGGUAGAGAUGGUCGUACCGUCGAGGAGGAUAUAGAGGAUAUCGAGGCAGUAUACCAAUACGUUAAGAAUGGCGGAUUCAACAAUAUCAAGUUGAUGGUUGAUUUGAUGGUUGGCCAUUCAAGAGGAGUUGUUGAUAUGUUUGAAUGGGCCUUGCACCAUAACGAUGACGAGCAUUAUGUUCCGGCAAUGGUCGCUGCUUCGGGACGUUUCAUUGGACAAGGACUUGUGAACCGGAUCCGGGAGAAAUAUCCUGAUUUUGAGAAGAGUGGCGGUCAUACACAACCUGCUAUCAUCAAGGGUCAAUAUUCAAAGAUAUGGGUUCCCGCCUCAGAGACCCAUAACCUUGGGGGAUACGAUAUGGAUGAUGUGAGCGAAAUUAACGGUGACACAGAAACACUCUGCAUCUACGGUACACGAGAUGAGAUCAUUCCUUUACAGGAUGCGGCCAUGUAUUCUAAUGCACUUAGUGGCCGAAAUAAACUUGUUUUGAUAAGUGAUGUCGAUCAUCGGUACUACGGGGUGACAAAAAUAUCUGCAGAAGAUGCCACCGACAAUUCUCAUCCUUACUGCGAACGCAGUGGAGUAUUAGAUUACAAUCAAGAUGUGGUAGACAUUAUUAUUGACUUUUUAAACCAUGAGAGUGGUCGUAAACGGUUUUACAUGAAGAACAAGAUGAUUCACAGAUUCUUGCCGAGAUGGAAAAAAGUAGAAGGAGUGACCAAUUUUAGAGAUAUUGGUGGUUAUCUGUCUACUACAGGCAAGCAUGUUCGUUAUAACAUGAUGUAUAGAUGUGCAGAUCCAGGCUCGAUUACAGAGAACGGUAUAGCAGAGUUGAAACGACUAGGUAUAACGACAGUGUUUGAUUUAAGAUCCACGUAUGAGCGUGGUGACAGUGGUAUGAUUGAUGCGGAAGGUAUUACAAAUAUACACGUUCCAUUAUUUGGAGACCAGAGUUUGGCACCUUCCGAAGCUAUGAUGUUCUAUACAAAUUUGAUGACAUCAUGGUUCACCUUUGUGCACGUCUAUUCUGACAUUCUACGUGUUGCAGCUCCUCAAUUUAAGCAGAUCUUUACCCAUAUUAGAAAUCAUCGGGGCGAGCCAUUUCUUUUCCACUGUACGGCGGGUAAAGAUCGUACUGGAGUAUUGGCUAUGCUAUUACUUCGAUUGCUUGGAGUGCCUGAACCAAUAGUGUCUAGAGAGUACGAAAUGACCGAGUAUGGACUUCUGCCAGCUAGACCUAGAAUGGAGAGAAAGUUUAUGAAGUCAUUGGAAGAAUCAGGAGACUACGAAAGCCGCAAAACGUUCUACAAGGUGAUCAGCAAAGGCCGAAAAAACUGGUCCCUACAAAAAGACGGUUUCGACAACUUACUUUCUGCAAGGUACGAGGUGAUGAUGGAGACUAUUCUUCACUUAGACCAGGAGUAUGGCAGUGUGGAUGCUUACCUGGAGAACCAGGUUGGACUUGACCAUGAUGAUUUGGCAGAGAUUAAAAUGAGUCUUCUCGUAGAAUGA